GAUCCAGACCAACACAAUCACCUAAAUUAAAUAACCCUGUUCUUAAGACAAAACUUCAAAGGAAUUACAAAUCACCUGUACACAUCAGGCCUUAUGCUGACCCCUACACAAAGGGCCCUGUAAAACCCCAAACCCCAAACCCUUAAAGCGCACCUCCUCUCUGAGGCGGCCCACACUCCCCCUCCUUGGAGUGCGUACUUUUUGCCCUAGACCUCUUACUGCCUAACCUACUGUGUUUUGUCUGCCCUCUCUGCUUUGUCCCUUUGCUGUUUCAUUUUGUUCUCCUGACUUAAGCACAAGCCUUCGCUCUGUCUCUGCUCUACUCUAGUUAAGUAGGGAGGGGAUACUGGGAGCUCUGAUUUGGGCUUGCAAGUUCGGGUUGCCUGGGUGACCCAGACAGGACUGCAGCUGUACAGUCAUGCCCUUCAGCAGCCUCGUGUCUGACCCCGGGCAGGCCCGCUCUGUCACUCUGUCACAGGAUGCAGCAGAUCCCCCUCGGCUCUCUUGACUUCGUUUUCACUCUGACUUCUCUGCUUCUCUGAACUGAAUUCCUUCCCAGCAGUUGCUCCUGAGCACCAAGCACAAGUCCUCCAACUGGGGUGAGGGUGGAGGGCGUGGUCUCAUACCGGAGCCUGCAGGUGAGCUGCUCUGGGAGUCACGUUAACACUGCACAGAGCCGCACCCAGUCUGGGGCCUGUCUGGGGCUUCGGGCUGGCAGCAGGCUGUGCAGAGCAGUGGGGCUCAAGCCUGGACCGCCGCCUGCCCACCAACUGUCGCCACAGGCUCCAAGCAGCAUGCUGCCCACUCUGAGUGGUGCACAGAGGUGCUUCCGGGUCCUCCUCCUCCUGGUCCUGACUGUGUUCCUGCUGGCAGGCUUCCUGUGCACGGACAUUGGGCUGCUCACCCUGCCCGGGGACCGGGCAGAGGGGCCGCCUGUCACCAACGUCAUGUUCCUCAAGACUCACAAGACCGCCAGCAGCACGGUGCUGAAUGUCCUCUUCCGCUUUGCCGAGGCACACAACCUGUCUGUGGCACUGCCCGCGGGCACCCGCUUCCACCUGGGCUACCCCUGGCUCUUUGUGGCACGCUAUGUGGAGGGCGCCGGGCCGGAUGGUGGGCAGAGGCGCUUCAACAUCAUGUGCAACCACCUGAGGUUUAACCUGCCUGAGGUGCAGAAGGUCAUGCACGAUGACACGUUCUACUUCUCCAUCCUCAGAAACCCCGUCUCCCAGCUGGAGUCCUCCUUCACCUAUUACCGAGCCGUGGUGCCCGCCUUCAGGGCCGCACCCAACCUGGACGCCUUCCUGGCCUCCCCGGACACCUACUAUAACCGCAGCGCGGGCCUGAGCAAUGCCUAUGCCAGGAACAGCAUGUGGUUCGACCUGGGCUUUGACAGCGAUGCACCGCUUGCCGAUGGCUACGUGCGCGCACGCCUGGCCACUGUGCAGCGGCGUUUCCAACUGGUGCUCAUUGCCGAGCACUUGGACGAGUCCCUGGUGCUGCUGCGACACCUGCUGCGCUGGCAGCUGGACGAUGUGGUGGCCUUCCGGCUUAAUGCGCGCAGCCAGCACAGCGUGGCCAGCCUGUCACGCGAGAGCCAGGAGCACGCCAAGCGCUGGUGUGCGCUGGACUGGCGCCUCUACCAGCACUUCAACCACACCUUCUGGGCCCGUGUGCACACUGAACUGGGCCUGCAGCGGCUGCACUCAGAGGUGGCACAGCUGCGGGCGCGGCGGCGUGAGCUCGAGGCCCUGUGUCUGCAGGACGGUGUGCCCAAGAACCAGUCACAGAUCACCGACCCACAGCUGCGCCCCUUCCAGUCGGGCGAGGCUGACAUCCUGGGCUACAACCUCAGGGAGGGCCUGGACAACCACACAUGGCACGUGUGCCAGAGGAUGGUCACGCCCGAGCUCCAGUACAUGGCCCACCUGUACACCCAGCAGUUCCCGGAGAAGCCCCCCAAGAACAUCCCCUUCCUGUAGAUGUAGUGGGCCAGUGCCCAGGAGAGGGUCCCCGGUGGAAGCUGGCACCUCUCG